AUGACAAUUCUUUUUGCCAGCCUACACCAAACGGUAACAAUUAUUGUUUGGGUGACUUGCUACUUGACUCUGAGGCCGGAAUCCCAAGAAGCUAUUCGGAAGGAGUCACAAUGUGUCACCAGGCCUAAUGAGACCGGCUACCAAGAGUCUCCUCCCGAAGAAGAAAAGAUGCAAGAGGCGACUGUUGCUGACUCUUUCAUUCGUGAGAUCCUCCGCAUGAAGGGUGACAGCGUGGAUUUAGUACGGGCGGCCAUCCGCGAUGUCGAGCUCGGAGGGUAUCUCAUCCCCAAAGGCUCUAUACUGCUACCCAUCACUUAUCUGUCUUACCGGUCGCCGGACUUCACCUCGCAACCGGACGAAUUUGAUGCGGAGCGUUGGGUUGGAAGUGGGAAUCCGCUGCAACAACGGGGCCAGGAUACCUCGCUUUUGGCCUUGGCCGGUGGCCCUGCCCAGGCCGCAACCUUGCCGUACUUGAUCAAAAGUUGGAUCCUCGCCUUGGUGCGAAGUGGCCGGUUGGAACUCGAGGGCAACAAAUAUGAGAUUAUCGACCCAUACAACAUGGCCAGCGUUGCACCUAAGGGACGUCUCCGGGUGAGACUGUUGUGA